GCUGCCCCUCUCAUAACCUAAAAUGUGACAUAAAUGGCGUCAGAGGUAAAUACUGAAAAUGUAAAUACUGCAGAUGUAGAGGAAGUAAAUACACCAGAGACACAAAAGGAACCUCCAUUAGAAGAAAAUUGGGUACUGAAGCCAGAGCAGGAAGCACAAGACUCCACCCCGCAAAGUGCAGAUCACAAGGACAACAUCCACUAUGAAGAUGGUGUUGCCGUAUUUACUGACCCAGAAUCGAAAUACCAAUACACCUGGUCCACUGAGAAGGAAGAGUGGGUGCUUCGUGACAGCAGAACGUAUGGGUUCGAAGACGAUACACACACAUACACAGACAGCGAUGGUGUCAAAUACUUUUGGGACACUCAGAAGAAUGCGUGGUUUCCGAAACUGGAUGACGAGUUUAUGGCAAUGUAUCAACUGAACUAUGGAUUCGUCCAGAACGAACAGGCGCCCCCUAAAGCAGACGAAGUUAUCACCAAGGAAGUGGAGAAAAAACCCGAGAAGGUCGAGCAAGCACCCAAACGUAAGGCACCGCCUCCUGAGCCGACGUGGUUCGAUGUAGACGACGAGCAUAACACCAACGUGUACGUCACCAACCUUCCGUUGUCCCUGACCGAAGACGAGUUUGUUGAAUUCAUGCAGAAAUGUGGACUCGUAAUGAGAGAUCUAUCGACGGGCAAAAUGAAGGUGAAACUGUACAUAGAUCCCGAAACGAAAUCCUUCAAGGGUGACGCCCUAUGCACGUACAUUCGGAUAGAAUCGGUAAACCUGGCGUUACAGUUACUUGACGGUUCCGAUCUAAAAGGGAACAAGGUGAAACUUGAACGUGCAAAGUUUCAAAUGAAAGGAGCCUUCGAUCCUAAGCUAAAGCCGAAGAAACGCAAGAAGAAGGAGAGGGAGAAGCUGAAGCGUAUGCAGGAGAAACUAUUCGAUUGGAGACCGGAGAAGAUGCGCGGCGAAAGGGCGAAGCACGAGAAGGUCGUCAUUUUAACCAACGUAUUUGUACCGAGCAUGUUUGAUGCCGAUGUCAGCUUAAUUUUGGAGAUUCAACAGGAUUUACGGGAGGAAUGUUCCAAGUGCGGCACAGUGAAGAAGGUCAUCAUGUACGAUCAACAUCCGGAAGGUGUGGCCCAAGUUAAUAUGAAAGAACCAGAGGAGGCCGAUGCUGUAGUUCAAUUGUUGAAUGGAAGGUGGUUUGGGAAGAGAAAAUUAUUCGCAGAAAUAUGGGAUGGGAGGACCAAAUACAAAAUUGCCGAGACGGAUUCGCAGAUUACUCAGAGGAUUGAGAAGUGGGAUAAAUUUCUGGAAGGCGAAGAAAGUACAGCAAACGAUGGUGCUCAGAAGACCAAUACUGAUAAUUAAUUAUUUAUUGUUAGUAUUUAGAUUUAGGAUUAAUUACCAAUAACGUUAUUGAAUUUGUUUGUAAAUGAAAUCUAGGCUUAUAUCGCAUUGUUAUAGCUACUUUUCACAUAAAACAUUUAGAAUGUAAUUGAAA